AUGGAUUCUCCAUCUCCACCUGGUCAUCAAGACAGUAGCAGUGAUGAAGGAGGAAUCGAAGUUCUUCGCAUGGAGACCAGGAACCUAUCACGGUUCAUAUCGCGGCGUGAUUGGCACAAUGCAGUUGAAUUAUGCAAGCGUAAUCCGAGGCUCCUGAGCCAAGGGAUGGGGACCUGGAAGGACACCGCCUUGCACGUGGCCAUCAACGAGAACAGAGUUGACGUCGUGGAGAAGUUGAUCGUUAUAAUCGAGAGUACGAGAACAAAGCAGGCUCUGAUAGCACGAAAUAACAAGGGGGAAACCCCUCUGCAUUGCGCGGCCGCGAGAGGGUCCGUGCAAAUGUGCGAGCUGAUCCUCCGUGCAGGAGACAACAUGGGUGAGGAUCUGCUAGGUAUUCCCAACAAGUGGGAUGAGAACCCGAUCUUCGUCGCGGUUGUCCAUAACCGUAAACCAGCCUUCAUCUACCUCUACGAUGCUGCAUGUGAAAAGCCAGAAGACUACUUGGUUAUUCAUAGAGGUACUGAUGGAGAUGCUGAUAGAGAUGCUGAUGCUGACGCCGAUAGAGAUACUGUGCUUCACUCGGCCAUUAGGAGAGGGCACGUAGGUGAGCGUCACUAUCCUUUCACGUCUCUGUUUUCUUUUCCUUAA